AAUCAUAAUAAUCAUAAUUAAUUAUGCUUUUAUUCCCAAUGUUUCAUACUAUGAAGCUCUUACCUAUGCAUUGUGUUUUGUUGUUUUUUUAUGUGUUUGUAAUGACCACAUCACAUCAAGCUUCAACAAAAAUCCAAAGCAGCGAAGCAAAUGCUCUAUUGAAAUGGAAAGCAAGCUUUGACAAUCAAAGCAAGGCUUUGCUCUCUUCAUGGAAUAUUGGUAAUAAGCCUUGCAAUUGGAUGGGAAUCACAUGUGAUGUUGAGUCAAAAUCCAUCUACAAGGUAAAUCUUACCAAUGUUGGAGUAAAAGGUACACUUCAAAGUCUCAAUUUCUCAUCACUUUCAAAAAUUCGCAGUUUAGUUUUAUCGAACAACUCUUUUUACGGAGUUGUUCCACACCAAAUUGGUGUAAUGUCUGAUCUAAACACUCUUGAUUUUUCACUAAAUAAUCUCUCUGGCAGUAUUCCUAAUUGCGUUUGUAAUUUGUCCAAACUAUCUUAUCUUGAUCUCAGUUUCAAUUAUUUCACUGGAAUUAUUCCAUAUGAGAUAACCCAAUUAGUUGGUCUUUAUGUAUUGUCUAUGAGUACUAACAAUGGUUUAAGUGGCUCCCUCCCACAAGAAAUUGGUAGAUUAAGGAAUUUGACAAAGCUUGAUAUUUUUUCAUGCAAUCUCACCGGGAGUAUACCAAUAUCUAUAGAAAAGAUAACCAACAUGUCAUAUCUUGAUGUAACACAAAACAACCUUUAUGGAACCAUUCCUCGUGGAAUAUGGAAAAUGGACUUAAAGCAUUUGUCACUUGCAAAUAAUAACUUCAAUGGUUCCAUCCCACAAAGUAUUUUCGAGUCACCAAACUUGGAGUUUCUACAUCUUCAAGAAAGUGGCCUUUCUGGAUUCAUGCCUAAGGAAUUUGGGAUGUUGGGUAAUUUGAUAGAUCUUGAUAUUAGUAACUGCAAUCUUAUUGGGUCUAUCUCCAGUUCUAUAGGAAAGUUGGCCAAUAUAUCAUAUCUCAAGUUACAUGACAAUCGACUUUUUGGCCACAUUCCUCGUGAAAUUGGAAAUUUGGUCAACCUCAAGCAACUAUAUCUUGGUGCUAAUAGUCUUUCAGGCUCCUUUCCUCGUGAAAUUGGAUUUCUGAAACAACUUGUUGAACUUGAUUUGUCUGUUAACUAUAUUGUAGGCACAAUCCCUUCUUCAAUAGGAAACUUGAGCAAUAUACAAUUACUUUACCUUUAUAGUAAUAAUCUUAGUGGUAGCAUUCCUAAUGAAGUCGUAAAACUUGGUUCUCUAAAAACAAUCCAAUUGUCUUUUAACAACCUAGCUGGACCAAUCCCAUCAUCCAUAGGUAACUUAGUCAAUCUGGAAUCUAUUUUUCUUGAUCAAAAUAAACUUUCAGGACUUAUUCCACCUUCCAUAGGUUCCCUGAUUAAUUUGGAUAGUAUUUACCUUUCACACAAUCAACUCUAUGGACCAAUUCCUUCCGCUAUCGUAAAUUUAACAAAAUUACGUGAAUUAUCUCUUUCCACAAAUGCUCUCACUGGACAAAUUCUACCUUCCAUAGGUAACUUGGUCAAUUUGGAUACUCUCGACCUUUCAAAAAAUAACUUCUAUGGACAAAUUCCUUCCACUAUCAGAAAUUUAACAAAAGUAAGUGUAUUAUCCUUUAUCUCAAAUGCACUCACAGGAAAUAUCCCAACAGAAAUAAAUAUGCUUACCAAUUUGGAAAUUUUCCAGUUAGCUUAUAAUAACUUUACAGGCCAUUUACCUCACAAUAUAUGUGUUAGUGGAAAGUUGACACGUUUCUCUGCUAAUGGUAACCAAUUCACAGGCCCAGUUCCAGAAAGUUUGAAGAAUUGCUCAAGCCUUGAGAGAGUCAGGCUUGAACAAAAUAGGUUAACUGGAAAUAUAGCAGAUAUCUUUGAUGUGUAUCCAAACUUGGACUAUCUGGGAUUGAGUUAUAAUAAUUUUUAUGGCCACCUUUCUUCAAAUUGGGGAAAAUGCAAGAAUCUCACAACCCUUAAAAUCUCGAACAAUAAUUUAACAGGAAGUAUACCACCAGAGUUGGCUGGGGCAACCAAUUUACAUAUACUUGACUUGUCCUCGAAUCAACUUAAUGGAGAAAUUCCCAAGGAGCUAGGAAACUUAUCUUCGUUGAUCCAACUCUCAAUAAGUAACAAUCAUCUUUCAGGAGAAAUUCCUGUACAGAUUGCCUCAUUGCAGAAAAUAGAAACCUUGGAGUUUGCAACAAAUAAUUUAAGUGGCUUGAUCCCAAAACAACUUGGAAGGUUACCUUUCUUAUUGCACUUGAACUUGAGCCAAAAUAAGUUUGAAGGAAACAUUCCUAUUGAGAUUGGUCAGUUAAAAGUUGUUGAGAAUCUUGACCUUAGUGGGAAUUUUUUGAAUGGAACCAUACCAAUAAUGCUUGGACAAUUAAAUCGUUUAGAAACAUUGAAUCUCUCACAUAAUAAUCUUUCUGGUACCAUUCCCUUGAGCUAUGGUGAGAUGUUAAGUUUAUUGAUUGUUGAUAUAUCAUACAACCAGUUGGAGGGUCUGAUUCCAAACAUUACGGCCUUCGAAAAAGCUCCAAUUGAAGCUCUUAAGAACAACAAGGGAUUGUGUGGUAAUGUCGCUGGCCUUAAGCCUUGCUCAACUUCAGGUAGCAACUUUCAUAGUCAUAAGACUAACAAAAUUUUGGUGCUAGUUUUACCCCUCACUCUAGGCACUCUAUUGUUAGCAUUAUUUGUUUAUGGGCUCUCAUACAUUUUAUUCCAAACUUUAAGAACAAAAGAAUAUAAGCAUGCAGAAGAAAUUCAAACUGAAAAUCUAUUUGCAAUAUGGAGCUUUGAUGGUCAAAUGGUGUAUGAAAACAUUAUCGAAGCCACGGAACAAUUUGACAACAAACAUCUCAUUGGGGUAGGAGGGCAAGGAAGUGUUUACAAAGCAGAGUUACCUACAGGUCAAGUGGUAGCUGUGAAGAAACUCCAUUCAUUACAAAAUGGAGAAGUGUCUAAUCUAAAAGCUUUUGCAAAUGAGAUUAGUGCUUUGACAGAAAUCCGACAUCGAAACAUUGUGAAGUUAUACGGGUUUUGUUCACAUUCACUACACUCGUUUUUGGUUUACGAGUUCUUAGAGAAGGGUAGUAUGGACAAAAUUUUGAAAGAUGAUGAACUAGCAACUGCAUUUGAUUGGAAUAUGAGAGUGAAUGCCAUUAAAGAUAUAGCUAAUGCUUUAUCUUAUAUGCAUCAUGAUUGUUAUCCUGCAAUCGUUCAUCGUGAUAUAUCCAGCAAGAAUGUUGUUUUGGAUUCAGAGUAUGUAGCUCAUGUUUCAGACUUUGGAACCGCUAAGUUUCUUAAUCCCGAUUCUUCCAACCGAACCGGUUUUGUAGGCACCUUUGGAUAUUCGGCUCCAGAACUUGCGUACACAAUGGAGGUAAAUGAGAAAUGCGAUGUGUAUAGUUUUGGGGUAUUAACUUUGGAAAUACUUUUGGGGAUGCACCCCGGAGAUGUUGUAACUUCUUUAUGGCAACAACCUUCACAGAGUGCUAUGGACAUCACACUUGAUAAUAUGCCAUUGAUCGAUAAGAUUGACCAACGUCUCCCUCAUCCUACAAAUACUAUUGUUAAGGAGGUGGCAUCAAUGAUAAGGGUAGCAAUGUAUUGCUUGAUUGAAAGCCCGCGUUCUCGCCCUACCAUGGAGCAGGUUUGCAAGGAGCUUGUGGUGUCAAAGUCAUCUUGAAGAGAAUGAUCAUGUCAAGUGUUAGGUCAAUGGCUAGUUGAUUUUCUUACUUCUAAUCUUGAUAAAGUACUAGUAAUUUGUAAAAAAAAAAAAAAAAAAGAAGUGGGAAAGUGGUUUGUUUAAUAUCUGAUCUCUAGAUCAAAGAGGGAAGUCAUCGCUUGAAUAAAAACCCUUGUGAUUCUGUGAAUGGUUUCCAAUUUUUUUUGUUUAUAUUAAUCCUCUGUUUUCAGAGAAA